CGGCGACCGGGCGGCGGCGGCGGCGGCGGCGGCGGCCGGGCGGCGGCGAUGCUGUGGACGCGGCUGGCGGCGGCCGAGUGGGCGGCGCUGGUCUGGGAGCUGCUGGGGGCGUCCGUGCUGCUGAUCGCGGUGCGCUGGCUGGUGCGGCGGCUGGAUAAGCGGCCGCAGGGCCCGGGCCGGAGCGGGCCUCCAGCCCCGCCGCCCGGCGCGGCCGCGAACUCGGCCCUAGACCCAGGUGAGAUGACAAUGGACGCUAUCUUGGCUCGAUUGAAACUCCUGAAUCCAGAUGACCUUAGAGAAGAAAUUGUGAAAGCUGGAUUGAAAUGUGGACCCAUUACGUCAACCACAAGGUUCAUUUUUGAGAAAAAAUUGGCUCAGGCUCUACUGGAGCAUGGAAGAACACUGCCUUCACAGCCUCCUGGCCACGACAUGUCAGGAGCCACAACCAUAAGCCAGGACGCACAGAGAAAUUGGAAGUCGGCUGUAGGGAGCCAACCUGAGCAGGUUGGCUUGUCUGAGGACAGAGAUUUUGGUUACAGCGUGGGCCUGAAUCCUCCAGAGGAAGAUGUCGUGAUGUCUAAGACCUGCUCUCUGUCCUUCGGUGCUGCCACUGGGGUCAACGGUCACAAAGCCACGGUGACGGCCUCUGCAGGGCCGCCUCUGUACUAUGGGGUAUGCCCGGCGUACGAGGACAUCCCUGCAAGAAAUGAAAGGAUUCAUGUUUAUGAAGAUAAAAAGGAAGCACUGCAAGCUGUCAGAAUGAUCAAAGGAUCUCGAUUUAAAGCUUUUUCAAGUAGAGAAGAUGCUGAGAAAUUUGCUAGAGGACUUUGUGAUUAUUUCCCUUCUCCCAGCAAAGCCUCUUCAGCACUUUCUCCUGUGAAAACAGCACCACUCAUGAGCAGUGGUGGGCUGAAAGAUGGUUUGUACCCACCUGAGUCUGAAACUGUAAACAAAGAGCGAGCCAACAGUUACAAAACCCCCCGUACUCAAGAUCUCACUGCCAAACUUCGAAAGGCUGUGGAGAAGGGAGAAGACGACACCUUUUCCGAUCUCACCUGGAGUAACCCCCGGUAUCUGAUUGGUUCGGGGGACAAUCCCACCAUUGUGCAGGAAGGAUGUCGGUACAAUGUUAUGCAUGUUGCUGCCAAAGAGAAUCAGGCUUCUAUCUGCCAGCUGACCCUAGAGACUCUGGAAAACCCCGAGUUUAUGCGACUCAUGUACCCGGAUGAUGACCAGAACAUGCUGCAGCAGCGCAUCUAUUACAUCGUCGACCUGUACCUAAACACGCCUGACAAAGUGGGCUAUGACACACCAUUGCAUUUUGCUUGUAAGUUUGGGAAUGCAGACGUGGUCAAUGUGCUUUCUUCACACCCUUUGAUUGUAAAAAACCCAAGGAAUAAAUAUGAUAAAACUCCUGAAGAUGUCAUUUGUGAAAGAAGCAAAAAUAAGUCUGUGGAGCUGAAGGAGCGGAUCAGAGAGUACUUAAAGGGCCACUACUACGUGCCACUCCUGAGAGCUGAGGACACGUCGUCUCCGGUGAUCGGGGAGUUGUGGUCUUCAGACCAGAUGACCGAGACCUCUCACGUCAGCCAUGGUGGAGGCGGCCCCAGAGACCCUGUUCUGACCCUGCGAGCCUUUGCAGGGCCCCUCAGCCCAUCCAAGGCAGAAGACUUCCGCAGGCUCUGGAAGACCCCACCUCGAGAGAAAGCGGGCUUCUUUCACAGUGUCAGGAAGACGGAUCCAGAAAGAGGCGUAGAGAGAGUGGGAAGGGAGCUGGCUCAUGAGCUGGGGUAUCCCUGGGUCGAGUACUGGGACUUUCUGGGCUGCUUUGUUGACUUGUCUUCCCAGGAGGGUCUGCAAAAACUAGAAGAAUAUCUUGCUCCCCAGGAAGUGCGCAACGAUGCCCAAGAGUCGGGAGAAAACGAAGCCAGCCAUCAGGACGCCUCUGUCUCUGGCCGCCGGAAGUGCAGCAAUUCCAUCUCCGUGAGGGCUUUUCUGGACGAAGAUGACGAAUUGAGCUUGGAGGAGAUUAAAAAUCGGCAGAACACAGCUCGGAAUAACACCCGGCCCACACUUGGCACUUUUGGGGACUUGGAGUGUGACAUCCUUCCCUUGGAGCAGGAGACCGAACUCAUAGAAGCCUCCACCCUGACCAGUGCCCACAGCAGCAAGAAUGGAUUUUGUAGCCCCCUAAGCGGAGGCCAGACUCUGGGGAGGAGGCGGCCAGAAGCCCCGCGUGGGGAGGAAGCCCUUCUCUCACCGGUGCCGGGCCUGACUGUUGAGUUUGAUAAACUAAAUUUGCAAGAUCUAGGAAGUAACUUUUCUAAGACCCCAAAUAAAAAUAUGAAAACUGCAGACAGACGGAGCCCGACAUCAAGAAUGGAUGCGGUGGAGAGGGACUUGUUAGAGCCGUCUGCUGCUGAUGCUCUUACAAAUGAGCAAAUGAGGACAGAAAAUGAAGUGUCAGCCAGAAUUGCUAAGAUACGCCUGGGUCUUGACGCUCCUGGGCACGAGGCACAGCAGAGCUACAGUUCCCCAUCCCCAGAGCCCUCAGGGGUCCCAGCUAGGAAGGAACCCAUCCAGAGGCUCUUCCUUUUUGGAGAGGAGCCGUCCAAACUGGAUCGGGACGUGUUGGCCGCUCUGGAGGGUACGGAUGUGGACCCACAGCGGUACCCGGCUGUCCACAGGUGGAAGAGCGCCGUCCUAUGCUUCUCCCCCUCAGACAGACAGAGUUGGCCGAGCCCCGCGCUGAAAGGGAGGCUGGAGUGUCGGCAGCCGGAUCUUGGCGGCCCCCACAGCUGCAGCCCAGGGAGAAGCCCUGGGAAGCCCGGCCCCACACCCCACUCCCCGGGCCUGGGCAGCCCUGGGCGCUAUAGCCCCGCAGGCGGGGGCCGCCUCCGCAGGAUGGCGCGCCUGGCCCAGCUCACGGCCUUGUAGGGCUGGUGCCGGCUGCUGGGCGUCUUUUAUUCUGUGUUUGUAAAGAAAGAAGGGUAACGUGUUUAUUGCUAAAAUUCUACCAAAAAGAAUAUAUUCUGAUUAAUUUAUUCUCAUUUUGAGAGUUAAAAGAAUUUUAGAAAAUGCACAUUUUUUUUUUAUAAAAUUUCGUUCUCUGGUGUUUUGGGAGAACUUGAUGAAAGCAAACUCGGAUACAGAUUUUCUGAGAAUUGUCACUUGUACCGACGCAGACUCGAGCUCACCGUCCCAGGCGGACGCAGGUUGUGGGUGCCAGAGUUGGGGCAGCCAGAUCGGCGGUGGCGCCCCUCGAAUAGCUUCAUUCACUUCAGUUCCGUUCUUAGAACAGAUGAAUUUUGUGUCGUCUUCCUUUUCUGGGAAGGAGUCUUGGACUUUCUAGUUCAUGAUAGAAAAAUCUUUGUUUGCCAGUGGAUCCCAGUGGAUUAGGCCAGUUGAUAAAGGUGGCUGUCCGGCAGUAAACGAACCUUAAAUAGGUCUUAGACUUGCAGCAAUGUUUCUAAUUUGGGUCAUUACAAACAUUAAACUAGGUUUUCUCUGGGAAUAAAUCCUCUAGUCUGUAGGAGUCCUAGGAACUGUCCGUAGCACUGGACAGGCCAGCAGCAGACCUAAGAAACCUGCACUUGCAGUUACUUUGUUUAGUUGCCAGAGUGAUACCAAUAAAAUGAUCUUUAAGUUGUUCUCUGGUUUUCAAAUGUAUUGCAUAUUUUCGAAUUCAUUUCCUUCCGAUUUCCUGUGUAAAAGUGUUGUGUUUUAGUACAGAAACUAGAGGUUUAUCUGAGUCCUGGUCAGUUACCGUAGUGCAUUUAUUUCAGCUUCCCCUUGGCCCUGACCUCUUGGGGGGUCUGCCUGGAGCGUGGGGGCCACCUUAGAACCACUGCCAUGACUGACACCCAACCCACGGCCCCACGUAGAGGGCCGACCUUUCUCGGGUGUACGUGACCGCUCACAUGCUAUUGGUGCUCUGUGAGCAUGUCCAGUGUUCUCCAAAAUGCAAAGCUCUACCAAUUUUUGCUAAAUUCAGUGCCUUUUGUAAAUUAUUUUUUAUUUUCCUGAAACUUGCUUUUUUGAGAAUAUACAGAGAUACUAAGUAGGCAUGAGGUUUUUUUUUUUUCUAUGAAAACUCUGAUUGGGAACUUGUGUUUAAAAAAAGUUUAUUUCUUUCAUGUGUUAAUAAAGACAGGUCAGGAAUAUUGGAAUCUAGAUUUAGAUUUAAAAAUUUUAAAGGUUGUUACAUAGAGUGUGUAACACUGGUGUGACAAUCUGGAUAAAACACAGAAAAAUACAUUCUAUUCUAAAAGCCAAUGGCGUUUAUAAAAGGCAUCUUUGUUCUCAAAAGAAAUUAGAAUACAGAUAGCAUAUUCACAGUGGCAAUCUGUUUUCUAUAAAACCUUACCGUACUGUCCUGUAUGUUGUUGUAAAUAUCCAGGUGGAAAUUAAAAGUGUUUCUGUCCUAA